ACUAUUUAUUGCAAAAUAUUUCUAAAUCCAAUGUACAAAGUACUUUUAUUGUAAUUGACUCACUAUUCCUGGCACUUUUGGUCCUCUAGGGCUUCAGUGUUUAUGUUGAAUAAAUUAACGUAUAUUACAAUGCAUUGUUUAUAAUAUCAAUUGCCUUUCAAUGAUAUUCUGAUUAAUGUAUUGGUAUUGCUUAUCGUCAUGGCUCUCCGAGGUUUUCAGUUUUUGCAAAGAGACUGGAAGAAGACUAAGCUCAUUUGUGAAUUAUGCUCACAGCAUGGUUCUAAUAAAUGGUUAAAUCAUAAAAGUUAUAGAUUGCUGUCUGUGAGUCGAUCUCAUGGGGCUCGUCCGCCGGGCGCCGCCGAAACUCUGGACGUCUCUCACAUUCCUCUGGAGAGGACACGUAACUUCAGCAUCAUCGCCCACAUCGACCACGGCAAGAGCACACUGGCCGACCGGCUCCUGGAGAUUACUGGAACCAUCUCUCCUGGUGAAGGGAAUAAGCAGGUGCUGGAUCGACUGCAGGUGGAACAGGAGCGGGGCAUCACCGUCAAGGCGCAGACCGCGUCGCUGUUCUACACACACAACGGUGAAGAGUACCUGCUGAAUCUCAUCGACACACCCGGUCAUGUCGACUUCAGCUAUGAAGUCUCACGGUCAUUACAGGCGUGUCAGGGCGUGGUUCUCCUGGUGGACGCCAACAAGGGCGUGCAGGCACAGACGGUGGCCAACUUCUUCCUCGCCUUCACCAGUGACCUGGCCAUUGUCUCCGUCGUCAACAAGAUCGACCUGAAGAACGCCGAUCCUGACCGGGCCAUCGCUCAGAUGCAGAGACUGUUCGACUGUGAUCCCGACAAAGUCUGCCGGAUAUCGGCCAAACUGGGCACCAACGUUCAGUCUGUUCUGACGGCUGUGAUCGAGGACAUCCCGCCGCCGAGCCAGUGUCGGCGUGACGAGCCGCUCCGGGCACUCAUCUUCGACAGCUGGUUUGACCGGUACAAGGGCUGCGUGCCGCUGGUGGCCGUCGUGGACGGUCAGCUGGCGGCCGGUGAUGUCAUCGUGUCGUCACAGUCGGGCCAGUCGUAUGAGGUGCGCGAGGUGGGACUGCUCCGGCCGCAAGAGACGCCCGCCACGCAACUGUGCGCCGGCCAGGUGGGCUACUUGCACGCCAACAUCCGCACGGCCACAGAGGCCCAGGUGGGAGACACACUGUACCUGAAGGGACAGUCCGUCACACCGCUGGCCGGCUUCCGACGCGCCAAGCCCAUGGUGUAUGCCGGUGUGUACCCCAUGGACCAGUCUCAGGUACCGAACCUACGAAGUGCUAUCGAGAGGCUGACUCUGAAUGACUCCAGCGUCAGCGUUCAGGUCGAAUCCAGCGCCGCUCUGGGCCAGGGCUGGCGUCUGGGCUUCCUCGGUCUCCUGCAUAUGGACGUGUUUACCCAGCGACUGCAGCAAGAGUACGACUCGGAGGUGGUGGUCACUUCGCCCAGCGUGCCGUACAAAGCAAAAAUUUUCGGCGCGAAGAACAUCAAGAAGUAUCGCGGUGAUGAAAUUGAGAUCAACGGCCCCGCCCAGUUUCCGGACGUUAUGAUUGUCAGCGAGUUCAUGGAGCCCAUGGUCAUGGGAACCAUCAUCACUCCAGACGCGUACUUCGGCGCUGUGCAGGCGCUGGUGAUGGAGCGUCGCGGUCACCAGUCGGAGGCCACCAACAUCGACAACGAACGCAUCAUGGUGCGCGCCACCAUGCCGCUCAGCGAGGUGGUCGUCGACUUCUACGACGAGCUCAAGUCGCUGACGUCCGGCUACGCUAGCUUCGAUUAUGAGGAUGCUGGCUAUGAGACGACGAAUCUGUCGAAGCUGGUCAUCCUACUGAACGGCGAGCCGGUGGAGGAACUGAGCCUCAUCGUCCACACCAGCCGCGCUCGCUCCAUCGGCCGGGCGGUGUGUGCCCGACUGGCAGAGUCCAUCCCGCGACAAAUGUUCAGCGUGGCCAUCCAGGCGGCCGUCGGAGGGAAGAUCCUCGCCAGGGCAGAUGUCAAGGCACUCAAAAAGGACGUGCUAGCCAAAUGUUACGGCGGCGACAUCAGCAGAAAGAUGAAGCUGCUGAAGCGACAGGCGGAGGGCAAGCGACGCAUGAAACGGAUAGCCAACAUCGACAUCCCCCGGGAGACGUUUGUCAAGGUUCUGAAGCGGUGACGACCGUCAGGUGCGUCUCUAACGAGAGGGAAGGGUGAGGGAAGGGUGCUGGGGGUGUCCCGCCGUGUCAGUGGGUUGGGACAAGCGGGUGGGGUGAAUGAACGAUGUUGCGUGUUAUCGGUGGAUGACGAGAUGAUUUUAUAGUGUUGUGAUACGAGCGGGACUCUUGAAGUGAAGUGUCUGUUUCGUCGUGGAUUGCUCAGGACGUUGCAAGCAUCUCGCCUAUGUCGUUGGUACUAGAUCGUUUCGAUUUGUUUAGUCGAUUGACGGUCAAUGGUCAUAAUUGACAUACUGUGCUGAUUUGUGUAAUAUUAUCAUGUGAUGACAUA